GACUGACAGCGAUGAAGUAAGAGAAUCGAACGAAAACAUCAUAUCCAUUGAUUGAUACCGAAUCUCUCGUUUUUCACCGUAGUGUUUAGUAAACAGCGUUGUGAAUUAAAAUAUUAAUGCAGAUCAUUAUUGGUACCUUAGGGUGUGUUACUGCAGCUGAGCGUUUCUUUCGAUAUAAGAAAAUGGAUGCAGCACCUUUAAGCACCCGGUAAAGGACACCACUUCCCGUUCAACUUCACAAACUGUAACCAAAUUCAGCAGUGCCAAUUAACUGAGUGUGAAACUUAUUCAACCAACCAAAACAUGUUCCGAUUACGAGUCAAAAUUUUCUACAUCUACAUCAUCAUAUCGUUCGUGUUGUCGGUUUAUUUGUUCUAUCUUAUAUCGAAAUACUCGGUGGAGAAGUUCAUCAACUAUCAGCGCGGUGUUAGAAGCAGUAAAACGCAUGAUCGACCCCGGAUACCGCAGAUCGUGGGGCACUACAUCGGAGUUGGAUCCGUGGGGAACGUAUCGAAGGAUUUUCUCAAUACCAAUAAGUUUGCCCCAGUGCCAGGAGCCGGGGAAAAUGGGAAUCCGGUUGUUAUUCCAGCUAGGGAUCUGCUUCUUAUGCAGCAGCUGUUCCAGAUCAAUCGAUACAAUCUACUAGCGAGUGAUCGAAUGGCCUUGAACAGGUCGCUGCCGGACGUGCGAAAGUCGAAAUGUUUGACCAAGGUGUACCCUUCCAAGUUGCCAACGACGUCAAUUAUAAUAGUCUUCCACAAUGAAGCGUGGUCGGUGCUGCUUCGGACGGUUUGGAGUGUAAUUAUUCGAUCGCCGAGGCAUCUGAUCAGGGAGAUUUUGCUGGUGGAUGAUGCCAGCGAUAGACGAUUUUUGAAAAAUGAUUUAGAGAACUACGUGCAAAAGCUUCCGGUUGUAGCGAGCAUUUUGAGACUGAACAAACGAGAGGGACUGGUGGCAGCGAGGUUGAUGGGUGCCAGAGUGGCCACCGGGGACACUUUGACAUUUUUGGAUGCUCAUUGCGAGUGCUCUCCGGGUUGGUUGGAACCGUUGCUGGCGCGGGUUCAAGAGAACCCUAAAAAAGUUGUCUGCCCUGUGAUCGACAUUAUCUCGGAUGAUAACUUUUCCUACAUAAAGAGUUUUGAGUUCCAUUGGGGUGCGUUCAACUGGCAGAUGCAUUUCAGGUGGUACACAUUGACCGAUGAAGAAUUGGCAGAAAGGCGGAAAGAUACGACAAUGCCAUUCCAUACUCCCGCAAUGGCAGGCGGGCUGUUUACAAUCGAUCGUAAAUAUUUCUUCGAUAUUGGAGCGUAUGAUGAACGGUUGAAGAUUUGGGGAGGUGACAAUCUGGAAAUGUCUUUCCGAAUAUGGCAGUGUGGGGGUGAAAUUGAAAUCGCACCAUGUUCACACGUAGGGCACUUAUUCCGGAAGAGUUCCCCUUAUACUUUUCCUGGGGGUGUCAGUGGGAUUUUAAACGAAAACCUUGCACGAGUUGCUUUGGUUUGGAUGGAUGAUUGGGCAAAAUUUUUCUUCAGGUUCAAUAAAGGAACAGAGGAAUUCAAGAGUUUGAACGUAUCAUCCCGAGUAGCGCUCAAAAAGCAACUAAGCUGCAAGUCCUUCGACUGGUAUUUACGAAAAAUUUGGCCUCAAAACUUCUUCCCUGCACCGAACAGAUUUUUCGGUCGAAUCCAACCCAUUGAUCUCAGUACAUUCGACCAUCAGGAAUACAUCACUCUUAUGAAGAAAAUCAAUUUGAUUGUGAAAAAUUUGAACCCAGAGCUGAAGUGGAAAUUCUUGAUCAAAUAUCUGUCGGAAAACGUAAAGAAAAUUGGUGAUUCCAUGAAGGCCGCGAAACACACGUCCUACUGUUUGCAAAAGCCUAAAUCCAACUCGAUCAUCAGCCAGCCAUUUGGUCAAUCCUUCCUCAAAAAGUGCUCCCUGUUGAUAAAUGUGCUCGACGAGCAGUUCGUCAUAGAUGACUACGGUCGCGUCAUGACGGACGAAGGGGUUUGUUUGGACUCGUUCCGUAAAACCGCGGUGGAAGAAGAGCAACUUGUCGAGGAGGCCAGGAAAAUCAAGAUGGUGACCUGUGGGAGCAACAAAUCAGCCCAACGUUGGGUCUACGACACUGACACCUACCACGUGCGUAAUAUCGACAGCAAUGACUGUCUGGAGAGGGGUGUGACGCUCAUCAAGGACGACCCUGAGGACAAGUUGGAGGUGUUCCUCAAUCCGUGCGACGUGCGGAAUGAACUGCAAAAGUGGAUGCUUUUCCCGGUGGCUUGGAAGUAGACGUACCUCGCGGAUGCAAUCUCGGGCACAAACAUUUCAACGCACUAGUUAACACAAGCAUGCAUAGCACAGACACACAUACACAAAAGUAGAGAUAAAUUUUUAAUAUGCUCAACUGCUACCGACAGUAUUCUCGUAAAAUGUUUUUGAUAAGAAAACGUAUUCCUUAAUAUUAACAGACUGCAUCACAUAUGGAACCAGAAGGAAACCUAAAAUUACAUGCCAUUCCAAUAUAAACGAGUAACAUGUUUAAGGACAAUACCAUUCUGAAUAACUGAGUUUAUUUGAUUAACAUAAUUGGAUUGAUUUACAGUUUCCUGAACUGUUCAGCUGUUCAGAGUUCAGAUUAAAUUCCAUGGAUUUCUCAUGUGUGUUUCUUAAAUUAGGUUUUGUUCUGCAAUAAGUACCAAUUAAUUGAUAUUGUAACGUUUUGAUCUGUGAUAUUCAAGCAUUCAUGAUCUGUAUAAAAAUAUCAGUAAUAAGUUAAUAGUAGUUUACUUAAAUAAUGAAUUCUUGUUGGAAGUUGGAUAUGUGCAUAUGCACAGCAUGUGAUAAAUUUAACAACUAUUUUUGAUGGAAACCGAAGUCGGAGAAGCACCAGUCUAGCGAACUGGGAUCGCUUUCGAUUCCCAUCGAAAUAUAUUCAUCAUUUUUUGAUUUAAACUCAUCACGUGCCAUGCAUAUGCCGUAUCGAACAUUCAUCAAAGUAAUUAACUUCGACGUCGAAUGACCAAUACACGGAAAUUAGGUAAUUAACUUAGAUUGAAAUAAAACUUUGUUGUGUUUUGUCCGAAUCACGUAAAGCCCA